GCAAUCUCAGACUCCUGCUUUAGCUGUUUCCACGGGAGAAUCCACACCAAAUGUCUGGUAUCCUGACUCCGGUGCUUCCGCUCAUAUGACCUCGAAUGAAGGACAAACUUUCGGGGGAGGUACUACUUCAGGCAUCCAGUAAUGGUGGCGUCUAUCCUAUUUCCCUUUCCAGCACUCAGCCUGUUGCUCUUAUCUCUUAUGUUGCACCUGGACCAGUCUGGCACCGUCGUUUGGGACAUUGUGGAAAUCGCAUUUUAGCUAAACUUAAAAAGUCUGGCUCUAUUUUGAGUACUUCUAGUUUUUCUCAUGAUUGUAUUUCUUGUCGGUUAGGAAGAUCUCAACGAUUACCUUUUCAAGAAGUUUGGCAUAAAUCUAUUGCUCCUUUAUAUUUAAUUCAUUCUGAUGUUUGGCAGUCUCCUAUUGUCUCCGAAAGUGG